GUGAGGACAGAAUGACCAUCACCUGUGUAUCACUCAGCCAUCUGUGUGCAUCAGGACAAGUGCAAACACACAUGCACGAGGACAUGUGGGACAAACUAUGUGUUUGAGAAGAACAGAAGAGGACAAAAGGAAAAUUUUUGAAUCAUGCCCUGCUGCAGGACGUGGGGGAGGCUGAGUGUGGCUGGGAGGAGGAAAUGGGAGGUGUGUCUGUGGGGGACGACAAAGACUGAUGUCAGUGCAGGACGAACAGGAAACUGAGGCCGACUGAGUCAGAGCUAAAGAUUGUUCAGGUGUUCAAAGGCAGCAGCUCCUCCUGCUCAGGUGAAAAGCAGAGAAGCUUCAGCAGUGACGCUCACAGACAUGGCAGCUCUAAACUCCUCGGACAAACAGCCUCUGCUGGUGGAAGAGCAACCAAAGGAACAAUCCAAACCACAGAGAAAAUCAGAAGCAGACCUCAGGAUCGUACUUCUUGGUAAAACUGGAGCUGGGAAGAGUGCAGCAGGAAACACCAUCUUAGGGGAGGAAGUAUUUUACUCCAGUGUGCUUCCUUCCUCAGUAACCUCAGAGUGCAUGGUGAAAACAGGGCCGUUUGAAGGUCAGAUCCUGGCUGUAGUUGAUACUCCAGGUCUGUUUGACACCAAGAAAAAUGAAGAGGUGAAGACGGACAUCACUAGAUGCAUCUCCUUUGCUGAUCCUGGUCCUCACGUGUUCCUGAUUGUGAUCAAGGUGGACAGAUUUACAAAUGAAGAACAAGAAACUGUGAAAACCAUUCAGGAGAUGUUUGGAAAAAAGUCAGCACAUUACACCAUGGCCCUGUUCACUCGUGGAGACGAUCUGGAGAAACAUGGCAUCAAAAUAGAAAAAUUCAUUAAUGAAAACCCAGCUCUCUGUGACCUAAUCAGUCACUGUGAUGGAGGAUAUCAUGUUUUUAAUAACCGAGAUGAAAAUCCUGCUCAGGUCAGAGAGCUGCUGAGGAAGAUCAACGCCAUGGUUCAGAGAAACCGAGGAAGCUACUACACAUAUGAAAUGUUACAAGAGACUGAGGAGGUGAUGAGGAAGGCAGAAGCAGACCUCAGGAUUGUGCUUGUUGGUAAAACUGGAGCUGGGAAGAGUGCAUCGGGAAACACCAUCUUAGGAAGGAAAAAUUUUAAAUUAUCACAAACAUCAGAGUGUCAGAAGGAAACAGCUCAGUUUGACGGUCAAACCCUGGCUGUGGUCGAUACUCCAGGUCUGUUCUACACCAGACUAACCGAAGCCAAGGUGAAGACAGAGCUCGCGAGAUGCAUCUCCUUCGCUGCUCCUGGUCCUCACGUGUUCCUGGUUGUGAUUCAAGCUGGGAAUUUCACAGAAAAAGAACGGAAAAUAAUCAAAAUCAUUCAGGACGUGUUUGGAGAACAGUCAGCGUGUUACACCAUGGCUUUGAUCACACAUGGAGAUGAUCUGAAUGUGAAGGAAUCCAAAGAUGCAUUACUUUGUGAUGAUACAGCUCUUCGUCACUUCAUCGGUCAGUGUGGAGGAGGAUAUCAUGUUUUUAACAACAGGAAGAAUUAUCCCUCUCAGGUCAGAGAGCUGCUGAAGAAGAUCAACACCAUGGUUCAAAGAAACGUUGGAAGAUACUUCACCUCCAAAAUGUUCAGAGAGGCUGAGAGAGACAUAAGAGAAGGAGAAGGAGACCCCAGGAUAGUUCUUGUUGGGAAAACUGGAGAGGACAAGAGUGUAUCAGGAAAUACAAUCCCAGAGGAGAAACUACUGAAACCUACAUCGCCUACGUCUACACUGAUAUCAGAAGCUCAGAAAGUAACAGCUCAGUCUGAUUUUCAAACCCUGGCAGUGGUUGUUACUGCAGGUCUGUUUGAGGUCUUUAAAAGUCAGGAGGAGGUGAAACAAGAGCUCGAGAAGUGCAUCUCCUUUGUUACUAAUGGUCCUCAUGUGAUACUGGUUGUGAUCCAGGCCGGCAGAUUCACCAAAGAAGAACAGAAAACUGUGAAAAUCAUACAGAAGAUGUUUGGGAAAAGGUCAGCGUGUUUCACUAUGGCCUUGUUCACCCGUGUAGAUGAUCUGAAGACAGCUGGAGUCACCAUGGACAAGCUGAUCAGUGAAAACCCAGCCCUCUGUGAUUUCAUCAGUCAGUGUGGAGGAGGAUAUCAUGUUUUUAACAACCAAGACGGGGAUCCCUCUCAGGUCAAAGAGCUGCUGAAGAAGAUCAACAUAAUGGCUCACAGAAACAGAGGAAGAUAUUAUACCUAUGAAAUGUUCAGACAGGCCGAGAGAGCCAUCAGAGAAGAUGAACCAGCCAUCAGGAUUGUUACCGGUGGAAGAAACAGAGCAGGCAAGAACGCAGCAGGAAACACCAUCUUAAGGACAAAAGUUUUUAAAUCAUCAUCAUCUUCGCUGACAUCAGAGUCUCAGAAAGAAAAAGCUCAGUUCUUUUUCCAAAGAAUGGCCGUAGUUGACACUCAAGAUCUGUUUGAAGAUGAGGUGAAAACAGAGAUGUAUAAGUGCAUCUCCUUUGCUACUCCUGGACCUCAUGUGUUCCUGGUUGUGCUGAAGGUGGGAAGAUUCACAAGAAAAGAGAGAAAAACUGUGAAACUCAUUCAGAAGAUGUUUGGAGAAGAGACAGCGCGUUACGUUAUGGUGUUGUUCAACUGUGGAGAUGAUCUCAAGGCAAAUUCAGUCACUGUGGAAAAAUUCAUUAGUGAUAACCGAGUUCUCCGUGACUUCAUCUGUCAGUGUGAUGGAAGAUAUCACGUCUUUAACAACAAAGACGUGGAUCCCUUUCAGGCCAGAGAGCUGCUGGAGAAGAUCAACACAGUAGUUGAGAGAAAUGAAGAGAGCUACUACACCAAUGAGAUGUUUGAAAAGGCAGAGAGAGCCAUUAGAAAAGAGAUGGAGGAACUUAAGAUAGAAAGGCCAGAGAUGACAGACAGGGAGGCGAGACACACUGCUGAAAGAAACAAGUUGACUCAGCAGAGCUGGUUUCCUGCUGGUGCUGGAGCUGCUACUGGAGUCGCUGCUGGAGUCGGCACUGGGAUCGGGAUUGAAGUUGCUGUUGGAGCUGGUGUUGGGGCUGUAGGUGGUCCUCUGGGAGCUGUAGCAGGAGCUGCAGUGGGAGCUGGAGUGGGUCUUGCUAUGGGAGCUUUAGCUUUGAAACUUCAAAUGAGGGAUUGUGUUACACAGUGAUCCAUCCAUCCAUCCAUCCAUCCAUCCAUCCAUCCAUAGUGUAAAA